AGGUGUACGCUUAUGCAACAUACUUGGUCCCAUACCCGAUUGUAAAUGAAAAGGAAAGUUCCCAGAACUAGAUCAUGAAUCUUAGGCUUGUUUCCAAUCCUCGUAAAACAGAGGAAAAAACCAGUUGUGGGGAGGUGCGGGAGGGAACUACUCUGCAUCGUAUAUUUCACAAGAUACAACAUGCAUGUACUUUUGCUUUCACUCCGUGACUUUCCUAUGUCGUCUUUGAUUUGUUUUCACGUUCACGUGGACGCAAACCGAGCUUCAUUCACAUGCAAUGACACUGUACUGCCAACUCUGUUUCCCAUCACCAAAAGACUAAUAUACAACCUCGGCUUUUUAUCCCUACAUACUUCAAUCUGCACAGAACACCAACAAAAACUUUUCCCCAAAAAAAAAAUACGAGUUUUAAUACAAAUCUGAGGUUGCUGUACAGAGAGUAGAAAAAAGUGUGGUAGCAUCCGGUCUUGUAGCCUCGAGCAUCGCAUGUUUGUUCGUUUGUUGAAGAAAGGGGAUUCGAAGUUUCGGCCUUAGGGAUCAACCAUGGUAGUCUGUAUGUGCCAGAAGGAAACACAACUAUAUUGCUGUACGCAUAAGGUUCCUGUAUGUGGAGAUUGCAUCUGCUUUCCUGAACACAGUGCUUGUGAGGUGAGGACAUAUGCAGAGUGGAUGGUUGAUUCCAGUUGCAGUUUCGUACCAAAAUGUAGCUUUUGCUUGCAGAUACUGACUCAUUCAAGUCGCUCUGUCACUCGGCUCGGCUGCUUACAUGUUUUGCAUAAUUCGUGCUUGCUUCUACUUUUGAAAGGAUCCUCAUCUCCAACUGGUUACACAUGUCCUUCAUGCAAAUCACAAAUAUGGCCCACAAAGAAGCAGUUUGUUAGUUCUGGUUCUUCCCUUGCCAAUCAGUUGGAGGAAAUAUUUGCAAAGAGCCAUAUUUUUAUGUUGGACAAGAAUUCUCUAUUGCCAUUAGCUUCUGAACUAUUAUCAAAUUUCUCUGAGCAAGGAUUCUCACAGCCACGUUCUGAGAUUCGAUCAACAGUUUUUAGUUUGUCAUCACCUCUUGCUGAAAUGUACAAAGAUCCGAAGAGUCAAAAGGCACAGCAGAACUAUAUUCCUAAAGAUCAAAAUGUAUUAGAGAGUGGGGAAACACUUAAUUCACCAAGAAAGACGAUAAAUAUUGAAACUCAAAAGUCUUGUUCACCUGAGAUUGUGAUUGCAGAGUCUGCUGGAAGUCCAAAGAUUUCUAUGGUGUACUCUAGAAAUUGUUCUUUUCGAGGCGAGAAAAAAAGUACCGACUGCCCUGUUGAGGACUGUGGAAAAGGCUUGAUGCAUAUACCAAGUGGUGCAGAGACUGAACACAUUGGGUCUUCGCUUCCACAUAGUUCGCUUGAGAAAUCAGUUCUUCCUUUAACAUCACCGACAUAUAAGAUGGCAAGCAAAUCACACAGCACACAAGAUGCAACUGAUGGAAGAUGGAGACGAUAUAGACGUGAUGCAUUAAUUGAUCCAAGGAAGAUUCUUUUAUUGUUUGCUACACUGUCCAGCAUGGGCACAAUGAUACUCAUAUAUUUCACUCUGCAAUCAGAAAAAUUGGUGAAGGUCCUGUAUGCCUAGAGAUCCAUCGGAAUGCUGUUUAGUGUAUAAUUUUUUUCGAGUGAAGGGAUGCAUUAGUCCUUGUUUUCUUCAUCUGUAUAAUGUUCAUGAAAAUAAAAAAUAAUUACGAACAAUCAGACCUAUUUGGUAUACUUCUCAUUUCAUUGUUCAAUCUUCCAACUUCAUUCUUCUCACUUUUGGUCAUUGAGUCAAUGGAUGUAUAUCUCUUGAUUGUAAGCUCCUUUAUCCUUCUCAGUGGGAGAUGGAUUUUUUGUUUGAGCUAUAGAUACAAAAUUUUCCCACCUCUAUUGUAAAUUCAGCAUUUCUAUUGUCCAUCAAUUCCAUUGUUUGAUGGCAUGAUUUUUGCCGCUAUUGUGGGAUA